AAUGUGGACACGAUGAAGGGCUACAACACGAGUUUAGCCGGCACGGUACUGUUCGCAGUACUGCUGCUCGUGGCCCUGCUGCCCGUACCGGCCCGGGCCGGGUAUGAGAUGUACCGGCAGCACCGUCAGCGGCAGCAAAUGGAGCGCCAGAUGCAGCUGCGCCAUCACGAGGAGAAAAAGUCCGAGUUCGUGAAGGGAAAAAUAUGCAUCGGUACGAAUGGACGAAUGUCAGUGCCGGCGAAUCGCGAUUAUCACUACAAAAAUUUGCGCGAUCGCUACACCAACUGUACGUACGUGGACGGCAAUCUGGAGAUCACCUGGAUAUCGAACAUCACCGACCUCAACUUUCUUCAGCACAUCCGCGAGGUGACCGGGUACGUGCUGAUCAGUCAUAUCGAUCUGCCGCAGGUCAUCCUGCCCAGGCUACAGAUCAUCCGCGGCCGUACCACAUUCAAGCUAAACAAGUGGGAAGAAGCGUACGGACUGUUUGUUUCGUUUUCGCACAUGAACACACUGGAGCUGCCCGCCCUGCGCGAUAUUCUUGCCGGUUCGGUUGGGUUCUUCAACAACUACAAUCUGUGCCACAUGAAAUCGAUCAGCUGGGAGGAAAUUGUGUCCGAUCCGCAGUUCAGCCUGCAGUACACGUUCAACUUCUCGUCACCCGAGCGCGAAUGUCCACCCUGCCAUCCGUCGUGUGAGGCUGGUUGUUGGGGUGAGGGCGCUCACAACUGUCAACGGUUUAGCAAGCUAAACUGCUCGCCCCAGUGCUCGCAGGGUAGAUGCUUUGGACCGAAACCCCGCGAAUGUUGCCAUCUGUUCUGUGCCGGCGGUUGUACCGGUCCGACCCAGCAAGACUGUCUAGCGUGUAAGAACUUCUACGACGACGGUGUCUGCAAGCAGGAAUGUCCACCGAUGCAGAUAUACAAUCCAACAAACUACUUCUGGGAACCGAAUCCCGAUGGCAAAUACGCUUACGGUGCGACCUGUGUGCGGAAAUGUCCCGAGCAUCUGCUGAAAGACAACGGCGCGUGUGUGCGCAAGUGUCCCAAGGGAAAGAUGCCACAGAACAGUGAGUGUGUGCCGUGCAAAGGCGUGUGUCCAAAGACCUGUCCGGGCGAAGGUAUCGUGCAUUCGGACAACAUCGGAAACUAUAAAGACUGUACCAUCAUCGAAGGAUCGCUGGAGAUUCUCGACCAAUCGUUCGAUGGGUUCCAGCAAGUGUACACCAACUUUUCGUUCGGUCCACGCUACAUCAAGAUCGAUCCCGAGCGAUUGGAGGUGUUUUCGACUGUGAAGGAAAUUACGGGUUUCAUCAACAUUCAGGCACAUCACGAAAACUUUACCACGCUGAACUACUUCCGAAAUCUAGAAGUUGUCGGUGGUCGUCAGCUGAAGGAAAAUCUGUUCGCCUCAGUGUACAUUGUAAAGACAUCACUGAAAUCGCUGGAACUGAAGUCACUCAAGCGCGUCAAUUCGGGCUCGAUUGUGAUACUGGAAAAUAGCGAUCUUUGCUUCGUGGAGGACAUUGAUUGGAGCGAAAUCAAAAAGAGUACCGAUCACGAGGUGAUGGUACAGAAGAACCGUAAUGCUACCGUGUGUCAUGCUGAGGGAAUGCAAUGUUCGGAGCAGUGCUCCAAGGCGGGAUGCUGGGGCAAAGGACCGGAACAGUGCUUGGAGUGCAAGAAUGUCAAGUACAAGGGAAAAUGUUUGGACAGUUGCAAGAGCAUGCCAAAAUUGUACCAAGUGGACUCAAAGACCUGUGGUAACUGUCACGAUGAAUGUAAUGAUUUCUGCUACGGGCCGAAUGCAGACAACUGUGGUUCUUGCGUACACGUGAAGGAUGGUCGUUUCUGCGUGGCGGAAUGUCCAAUCAUGAAGCACGCAAUGAACGGAACGUGUAUCAACUGUCACAAAACGUGCGUUGGAUGCCGUGGCCCUCGGGACACGAUCGCGCCGGAUGGUUGUAUUUCGUGUGAAAAAGCAAUCAUCGGUAGUGAUGCGACGAUUGAACGAUGCUUAAUGAAGGAUGAACCUUGUCCAGAUGGAUACUACAGCGAUUAUGUGCUGCAAGAGGAAGGACCUCUGAAGCAACUGUCCGGAAAAGCGGUGUGUCGCAAGUGUCACCCUCGCUGCAAGAAGUGUACCGGCUACGGGUUCCACGAACAAUUCUGUCAAGAGUGUACCGGCUACAAGAAGGGUGAACAGUGUGAAGACGAAUGCCCACAGGAUUACUAUGCAAACGAAGACACCCGUAUCUGCCUACCUUGCCACCAAGAAUGCCGCGGUUGUCACGGGCUCGGUGCCGAUCACUGUGACGAGUGUCGCAAUCUGAAACUCUUCGAGGGCGAUCCGUACGAUAACUCAACCGCAUUCACUUGCGUCAACAACUGUCCAGCUUCGCAUCCUUACAAGCGUUUCCCACAGGAGGCGGGCAAGCUUGGUCCCUACUGCUCAGCCGAUCCGCUCCAGAGUGGACUGCGAAUUGAGCAACAAACACAGGUGAAGAUCGUGAUGGGCAGUGUGUUUGUGCUGGUGCUCGUGUGCAUCGUGUUUGGGGUGUUGUUUGUCCUGUUCAGCCGACACAAGAACAAGAAGGAUGCAGUUAAGAUGACGAUGGCAUUGGCCGGGUGUGAAGACUCGGAACCGCUUCGUCCGUCGAACGUUGGACCAAACCUAACCAAGCUGCGCAUUAUAAAGGAGGCUGAGAUUCGGCGUGGCGGUGUCUUGGGCAUGGGAGCAUUCGGUCGUGUGUUCAAGGGCGUCUGGAUGCCGGAGGGCGAGAGUGUGAAGAUCCCGGUCGCGAUCAAGGUGCUGAUGGAGAUGUCCGGUUCGGAGUCGAGCAAAGAGUUCCUAGAGGAAGCAUACAUUAUGGCGUCAGUGGAGCACCCGAACCUGCUGAAGCUGCUGGCAGUUUGUAUGACCUCGCAAAUGAUGCUGAUCACACAGCUUAUGCCACUCGGCUGCUUGUUGGACUACGUACGCAACAACAAGGAUAAGAUUGGUUCGAAAGCGCUCCUCAACUGGUCCACUCAGAUUGCACGCGGCAUGGCGUAUCUGGAGGAACGUCGACUUGUACAUCGUGACUUGGCCGCUCGUAACGUUUUGGUACAGACCCCUUCAUGUGUUAAGAUUACUGAUUUCGGAUUGGCUAAGUUGCUGGACUACGAUUCCGACGAGUACCGAGCAGCAGGCGGCAAGAUGCCCAUCAAAUGGCUUGCCCUGGAAUGCAUUCGGCACCGUGUGUUUACGAGCAAGAGCGACGUAUGGGCGUUUGGAGUGACUAUUUGGGAGCUGCUGACGUACGGUGCCCGCCCGUACGAAAACGUUCCCGCCAAGGAUGUGCCGGAAUUGAUCGAAAUCGGUCACAAAUUGCCACAGCCGGAUAUUUGUUCGCUGGAUGUGUACUGCAUACUGCUGUCCUGCUGGGUGCUUGAUGCCGAUGCGAGACCAACGUUCAAACAGCUAGCGGAAACGUUUGCCGAAAAGGCACGUGACCCGGGUCGAUACCUUAUGAUUCCGGGUGAUAAGUUUAUGCGAUUGCCUUCCUACACCAACCAGGACGAGAAGGAUCUGAUUCGUACCCUCGCGCCGGUUGCGAUGGCUGCUGCAGCGGCCGCCACAUCAACCGUCGAUGUGCCGAGCACGAUUGCGGAAACGGACGAAUACUUACAGCCAAAAUCGCGACCUUCAAUUAUGUUACCGGGACCGUCGGCGGUUGACCCGUCCGAUGAGGUGCCAAAGUCACUGCGUUACUGCAAGGAUCCGCUCAAGCCGGACGAUGAAACGGACGGCAACGGCAAAGAGGUCGGUGUCGGUGGCAUCCGGCUGAAUCUGCCGCUGGACGAAGAUGACUACCUGAUGCCUACUUGCCAAAGCCAAAACCAGUCCGCGCCGGGCUACAUGGAUCUGAUCGGUGUACCGGCAAGCGUUGACAAUCCCGAGUAUUUGAUGGGCUCGACGCAAGCGAUUGCGGCGGUCGCGCAGGGAUCCAUGGGAUCGCAUACGCCACCGCCCAACUCGCCGCACGGUAUAACCAUGCAGACGUCGUCACAGCACUCACAGAUUCAACUGCAACCGAUUCAACAGCCGCUACAGGUACUGCAACAUCAGUAUCAACAGCAGCUUCAGCAACAGCAGCAACAGCAGCAACAGCAGCAGCAACAGUUGCAACACCACCAUCAACAACAACUCUCCCAAUCGUCUCAUCAUUCGUCCUCUUCCAACGGCCCUAACGGUCCACCAGUCAGCCACACACCUUCCCUCAGCAACGCUAGCAGCAGUGUCGGUCUAAAGCAGCCGGACUCGAUCAUGCAGAUGCAAGCGAGUAGUGCUGGGCUGCACCAGCAGCAAUCAUCGCCACCGACGCAAACGAUCGGCAUCCCACUGUCACCGACGGAAACGGAAGCGACCUCCUCCGAGCACGAGUACUACAACGAUCUGCAGCGCGAGCUGAUUCCGUUGCAUCGUAACGAAACGACUGUCUAAUCCUAUCCCACCAAGAAGGGAACGUGGGUACGUCACCAUCAGCUUGCCACCGGACUGAGCAAUGCCUCCAAAAGCCGUUUAGCCGU